AUGGCGUCCGGCCAGUCCUCCGAGCUUCCCAACCUGGUGAAUCUCAUUAAGACCCUGACACUACCCCAAUUGAAAGAUUUGCUGCGAAAUGAGGGUCUUCCAGUAUCUGGGCUGAAGGCUGCAGUGCAAAUGCGUAUCAUCGAUUGUCCUAUUGGCUUCAAAGAGAGUCCCUUUUUCACAGUCGUCAAAUCAUUAACACCGGUUGUGGAAUGUAAGGUUCGCGAACAAACCAGGGAUAGUGUAGAACUCAAGGUUUUUCUUUCACAGGCGCAUAUCGGCGACUUGGAGAAGGAUCCCAACCUUCGGGUGAUGAUUUACUGCACAGCCGACUCUGGCCUCAAGCAGUAUACCAAGUCUGAUAUCACCUUCCCCCACCAGGUGGAGCUGAAAGCCAACCUCGACGAAGUUAAAGCCAAUCUUCGGGGUUUAAAGAAUAAACCCGGGACCACCCAACCUGCAGACGUCACGAGCUACUUACGCAAGAAGGCUAAUUACCCUAAUAAUAUUGUGAUGACUUAUGCCUUAACCCAAAAGAAAUUCUUUGUGCUUGCAAACAUGGUUAGACAGCACCCUGUAGAGGAACUUGUCGCCAAGUUAGAAUCACGCAAGCUUAUAUCCAAAGAGCAGGUGCUACGAGAGAUGAAAAACCGUGCGGAUGAUUCUGAUAUUGUUGCCACGUCAAGCAUCAUGUCUUUAAAAUGUCCUCUAUCAACCCUACGCAUACAGGUUCCUUGUCGGUCCGUGAAACAGGCACCUACUUGGACUUGUCCUGUGUGUGCCAAGUCAACCAGCUUUGAGUCUCUACAGGUGGACCAAUACGUGGACGAGAUCCUUCACUCUACCGACUCGGACGUGGACCAAGUAAUCGUGGAGCCAAGCGGUGCAUGGUCCAAGCUAGAUAAUUCGGAUGCCGUCAAGCUUGGUGGAGUGACCCCAGGAACAGACGAUGAUGACAACGAUGAUGAUCUGAUUGAGAUCAGUGAGUCCCGGAACAGCUUGAGUACAGUAAAGCAGGAACCUAUGCCCUCCAGUAUCCUUCUGGAGCGGACACCCGCUCAGUCUCGAGAAACAUCAACCCCAUCUUCAAUGGCUCGCGUAUCCAGCAAGAAACGACAGGUCAUUGAUCUGACCGGCAGUGAUGACGAUGACGAAUCUCCUGGCCCACCGUUGAAACGACCGGCGUUGAGUUUCGCGGUUCGAGGAAUUCCAUCGCAAGAUCCUCACCAACCCGUUGCCAGCAGUCCUCUUAGUGGCCGGUCAUACCCUCCAUCGCACUAG